UUAAUGUUGUUUAUCUUUUUUUGCUUUUUGAAUGAAGAAAAUAAUGACUUCUCCAUACUAUAUAAGGAACACAACCCCUUAUCUUCUCUCAUUACCAAACUUCUUUUCUAAGACUAAAACAUCCUUAAAAAACUUAGUGAGAAAUGGCAGAAAACAAGGAAGAAGAUGUUAAGUUAGGAGCCAACAAGUAUAGAGAAACACAACCAAUAGGAACAUCAGCACAAACAGAUAAAGAUUAUAAUGAACCACCAGCAGCACCUUUAUUUGAGCCUGGUGAAUUGUCAUCAUGGAGUUUUUAUAGAGCUGGGAUUGCUGAAUUCAUGGCAACUUUCUUGUUUUUGUAUAUUACUAUCUUGACUGUUAUGGGACUUAAAAGGUCUGAUAGUUUGUGUUCUUCUGUUGGGAUUCAAGGUGUUGCUUGGGCUUUUGGUGGUAUGAUCUUUGCACUUGUUUACUGCACUGCUGGUAUCUCAGGAGGGCACAUUAAUCCGGCGGUGACAUUUGGUCUGUUCUUAGCAAGGAAACUUUCGUUAACUAGAGCAGUGUUCUACAUGGUGAUGCAGUGUCUCGGUGCCAUCUGUGGUGCCGGUGUUGUCAAAGGUUUCAUGCAGGGUCCAUAUCAGAGACUUGGCGGUGGUGCCAAUGUGGUUAACCCCGGUUACACGAAAGGUGAUGGCCUUGGUGCUGAGAUUAUUGGCACCUUUGUUCUUGUUUACACUGUUUUCUCCGCCACUGACGCCAAGAGGAAUGCCAGAGAUUCACACGUUCCUAUUUUGGCACCACUUCCAAUUGGAUUCGCGGUGUUCUUGGUUCAUUUGGCCACCAUCCCGAUUACUGGAACUGGCAUCAACCCUGCGAGGAGUCUUGGCGCUGCUAUCAUCUUCAACCAAGACCAAGCUUGGGAUGACCAUUGGAUCUUUUGGGUUGGACCAUUCAUUGGAGCUGCACUUGCUGCAGUUUACCACCAGAUAAUCAUCAGAGCCAUUCCAUUCAAGAGCAAGGCUUAAAAGUUUCUUCAACAUGUCAAAUUACGUGUCGUUUUGCUCUCUUGAUGACUCGAACUCAAAACCGACCUCUGAGUUGAAAGUGACGGGUGCUUACCAUCCGAGCAACUUGUCUAAAUGUGUAUUUUCUUUUCUAUUGAGAUGUCUAUUAUGUGAAAUAAAUUACUAAGUUGUAUGUAAAAGCUUUUCUCAAUGAAAUAUUUUUAUAUUAUUCUA